UUCCGGAAGUACUUCAUUUAAAAGUCCAUGUGGAAGGUUUUCAGCGUUUGGAUGCGAAUAGUUAUCUGUUAAAGUUUUUAAAAUGGGUAAAAAGGGUAAGAAAGAUAAGAAGGUAAAGGGGGCAGAAAAGACAGCAGCGAAAAUGGAGAAAAAGGUUUCAAAGCGUUCGAAAAAAGAAGAGGAGGAUCUCGAGGCUCUCAUCGCAGAGUUUCAGUUACUGGAUGCCAAGAAAACGCAGGUUGUGGAGAGCACGUGUCCCCCUCCGUCUCCCAGGCUGAACGCCUCUCUGAGCGCGCAUCCCGAGAAGGACGAGCUGAUUCUGUUCGGUGGAGAAUUCUUCAAUGGGAAAAAGACCUACCUGUACAACGACCUCUUCUUCUACAACAUUAGGAAGAACUCGUGGGUAAAAUCCGACAUCCCGAACCCUCCUCCACGCCGCUGCGCUCAUCAGGCGGUGGUGGUGCCCCAGGCAGGGGGGCAGGUGUGGGUGUUUGGAGGCGAGUUUGCGUCCCCUAAUGGAGAACAGUUCUAUCACUACAAAGACCUGUGGGUUCUUCACCUCAACACACACACCUGGGAACAGAUCAAGGCCCCUGGCGCCCCCUCUGGCAGAAGUGGGCAUCGCAUGGUGCUAUGUAAAAGACAGCUGCUUGUUUUUGGAGGAUUCCACGAAAGUGCGAGGGAUUAUAUCUACCAUAAUGAUGUUCACUCAUUUAACCUGGACACCUUCACCUGGUCCCGACUGACACCAUCUGGCUCCACCCCUUCACCACGCUCCGCCUGCCAGAUGACUGCCACGCCCGAUGCCACCGGGGUCAUCAUCUACGGAGGCUACUCCAAAUCUAGAGCCAAGAAGGAUGUGGAUAAAGGAAUCAUUCAUUCAGACAUGUUUCUGCUGAAGAAAGAAGGCAAAGAAGAGCAAGAGAAAUGGUCGUGGAGUCGCGUGAACCCGUCGGGUGUGAAGCCUCCUCCUCGCUCGGGUUUCUCUCUGGCCGCGGGGCCGGGAGGACGAGCCAUCAUCUUCGGAGGAGUGUGUGACGAGGAGGACGAGGAGACUCUGGAGGGCGAGUUCUUUAACGACCUUUAUCUGUACGACAUCAACAAGAACCGCUGGUUCCCGGGACAGCUCAAGGGAACCAAGUCAGGGAAGAAAAAGCGCCGGCAGGGGAAGAAAGCAGGAGAAGAUGGAGGACAGGAGAACGAAACGCAGCGGGGGAGCGGUGAAGCGGCGGAACAGCCGACGGAAAUCGUGAAGGAGAUCGUGACUGAGGAUGGGACGGUGAUGACCAUAAAGCAGGCGAUACAUACGGCUCAGGAGAGCGAGGAAGAAGAGGACGAGGAGGAAGAGCAGGAGGAAGGAGGUGCGGCCGCUCCGUCCGUAGAGCCGUGCCCGAGGUCGAGCGCCAUGGCGGCGGUAAAACACGGGAAGCUGUAUUUAUACGGAGGCAUGUUCGAGGUGGGAGAUCGGCAGUUCACCCUGAACGACCUGUACUGCCUCUACCUGCACAAGAUGGAGCAGUGGGAGGUGCUGGUGGAGAUGGAUCCCAAAACUCAGGAGUGGUUAGAAGAAUCGGAGUCAGAAGACGACGGUGAGGAAGAGGAGGGUAAAGCAGGAGAGGAAGAGGACGAGGAUAAACAGUCCUCUGAGGAGGAAGAGGAGAGUGAUGAUGAAAGUGAGGAUGAACAUCCACCGGUGAAGCCCGGCGAGAAUGUGACCGAGUAUCAGAGCCGGACCGAGGCGUACUGGCAGCGACUGGCCCGCACCAACAUGGGCCCUGACGCCAAAGACAAGAAGGUCAACAAAGUGGGGCUCGCUAUGGCCAAGGUGUUCUUCGAAGAUCAGGCAUAGCUGAGGAUGUUUAUAAUGUGUGUAGAUGUGAGAGAGGGAGAGAAGGCCAAAACCUGUGUGUGUGUGUUUGGUUCUAUUAAUGUCUGUGUGCAUGCUGAAGUAUUAUCUUUAUGAUAUAAUGAAAGAGUGUGUGUGUGUGUGUGUGUGUGUGUACAGUUCUACAUGCCUGAUUUUUCAAAAGCAGCAUUUUCUAUUUUCUUUGACAUCGGUGAGGAGUUCUGCUCAAUAAAAUCUUUUAUUUCA